AUGGUCAGUGUACCUCAAGCAUCCAAGAGAAGUUGGUUCAGGCUUGGGUACGACGAACAAGUGGACACGCCAAACGACACUCGAAACGUUCUUCUGAUAGUUGCUACGGUGAUCACCGCCGUAACCUUCCAGUCCGGAGUGAAUCCGCCUGGUGGAGUUUGGCAAGACGAUACCAAUGGACAUAAAGCAGGAACUGCGAUAUACGCGAGCCGAAAAGUAGCAUUUCAUUUCUUUUUAACUUCGAACACUUUGGCCCUUUCUUCAUCAAUUCUUGUACUGAUGUCUCUCACGUACAAAUUCCCUUAUUGUCUUGAGUUGUGGGCUGCAAUUCUGGGAAUGCUUGCGACCUAUGCAUCUGCAAUAUUUGCUAUUUCACCUGAUGAAUCAGUGAGAUUUGGUUCUGUUUUGGGCGCUGCUGCUGGGCCUUUCGUGUUUAGGUUUCUGGUGCAGAUUUAUAGAAGGCUCAGAAGUAAGGCAUAA